AGUUUAUUAUCCACCAGCCAGUAUGUUGGUAAAAAUGUCUGUAAGGAUCCUGACCGUCUCUGCCCUCCUGUUCUUGGUGUUUACCUGGUCCACUGUACAGAAGUUAUACCCACCAGGUAAGUAAAAGUUUUUCCCCAUGACAUAUAACAACGGAGUGAACCACAUUGCAUGAUUACUGCAGUUUUCAUUGAGCUUGUUCACAAACUUUUGUCGUAAGAUUUUUAUACCCAAACAUUGGGACAGUGUCACCAUUUUAAUUAACAUCACCUCUGAGGUUUUGAAAUGACUAUUUCUCGUGCUAUCAUCUGCUAAAAUCUAAUAAAGAUAAAUAAAGAGGAGUUAUUUUACUGUUUUUUGAAGAAUAAAAAACAGGAACUGAAAUUUCAUCACUUUUUGUUGUUUUUACUGGUUUGGGGAAAUCAUUUAACCUCUUUAUAAUUUUUGUUGUUUUAUUCUUUUGUCAUUGUUUUUCUUUAAUCUUUUUUUUUUGUCAUGUUAAACUCCUUUUUUUCCUUUUUCCUUUGUCAGUCUAACUUUUUUAGUUUCCUUUCCAUUUCUGUUAUUUCAGUCUUUUUAGCUAUCUAUUCAUUCAUUUCUUAUAUCUCUCUUGCUGUUAAAUCACCAUUUUUUAAUUUUAGAUCUUCAGUCUUAGUUUCCUCACACUUUUUUUUCAAAUUUUUUCACUUAAUUUCAUAUGUGAAGCACUUUGUAACCCUAUUUUGAAAAAACAAACCAUUAUAUAACAAUAAUUAAAAUAACAACAACAACACUAAUAAUAAUAAUAAUAAUAAUAAUAAUUAUUAUUAUUAUUAUUAUUAUUAUUAAUUUAUUUUAUUAUUAUUAUUUAUUUAUGUUAUUAUUAUUAUUAUUAUUAUUAUUAUUAUUAUUAUUAUCUAGGGACAUAUAUUUGCCCUGGAUUUAAACUCCUAUGAGAGAUUCAGGCUGAUCUGUCUUAUUCACAGGACAACACUUAAAUAAAAUAAAGUCCAGAACCUCAGUGACCAUUCCACCUGACAUGAACACCUUGUAGGAAGCAGUUCUUUCAAAAUAUGGCAGUAUGUUGGUCCUUCAGCAGCAAACAUUUGGAGAUACUUAGAAGCUUACUGAUGUCACUGAAUCAUAUCUGAGUUUUACUCUCAAGGUUUGGAAAAAGUCAAUCAUGUUUUGAUCUCCUUUAGCAGCAGCUGCUGCAUUCCUAAAGAUGUUGUAACAUCAGUGCCUCUGUGUGUUUGUCACUAUACAGAUAUUGGUCCAAGCUGCUGCUACGGAGCAGGCCCUUAUAUACCUUUCAAGAUUACAGUGUAUCAAACAGAGAAUCACGAAGUAUUGCACCUCAAAUAACUAUGCGUAAGUACAGCAUGCUUUACCCACGUUAAUCAAAGUCAAGUCAAAGUCAUUUGAUCUGCUAAAACACAAACUAACGAGUCAUCGCUAAUGACAGGAAUUAAAGACAUUGCUUAUAGCCAAUUUUAAAAUCAUGUUCAAUGUGGGAGGACAAUAACUUCUCAGCUGAAUCCCUAUUGCUUCUGACUCCAAUCUGAUAACAGGUGACCUAUGUGACACAGUUCAUAUGUGAGUAAAACUCUUUGGAACCAUCAACAGAAGAAAACUGAUCUUCAGGAGUGAGCCUAUCAAGGAUCAAUGAACAAAGAUGCUUUAAAGUUUUAUCCUUUCUGUCUGCUUUCAGGGUCAUGGUUGAGAGUGGCGAAUGGUUCUGUAUUAACUUUUGGUCAAGGUGGAUCAAACAGCAAAUACGACAGGUAAGAAUCAGUCUAUCAGCCUCUCUUGUAACCACAUUAGUUACUCUGUCAUACCCUACCUAGGCAGACAAUCAUGUCUAAAGCAGUCCAUCAACAUGCUUUGUCAUUUGUGUUACAACAGCAGACUGUAUAAAAGCAGACAAGCUCCAGCAAAGGGAAGCAAAACAUCUAGCACUCCCUCUACUGGCUGGCUGCAGUUUAGGUCAAUCCCCUCAAACAUACUUUCUGUCAUUACAGGCAGCUCUUAUUCUGUUCAUAUGUCCAUGUAGGGUUUUACAAAACAGACUUUGAACUUGAAUAUUAAUCUAGUAAAAAGAAAAUUAUGUCAAUUCUGUUUUUUUUUUUAUGCCAUGGCAACAAAAAUCAACUCCUGGGCAUUCAGGUCAUUAGUAACCUAGGAGUAAACGUGACGUCUGAAUAAAUCAUGCCGCCCCAAUCAUAGCAACAGACUGUAUAAAACAUUUUAAAAUUUUAACAUUUCAAUAACAUUUUCUUAUUCCUGACUCCUCCACAGGCAAGAGUUGUCUGUACACCAAUAAUGUAAAACAAAAAACAGAAAAGUGCUGUGGAGCGAGAAAAGGAAGAGGCUGCUGAGGACUGCUCUGCUGAUGAAACCCUCACAGCUUUAAAUUCUUUAUUUGUUCUAUUUCCUUUCAAAUGCAGUUUUUCGACAUACUUUUCUGCAGCUUUUAGCAACUUUACUGCAGCGGUACUGUGUGAAUGGGUAUUUCUGUCACAUAAAGUUUAUGAACCCGGUGAAACAUCAAGUUUAAUGUGAGUAAAACUUUCAUAUUCUGACUCCAUAAAGGUAAGAAAAUCACAGCAGCUCUCAUCACAUUAGGGGCUGGAUAUGACCUUAAGUCCAAUUACACUUUGCACAGGACAUUGAUCAGCAUGUUUUGAUUACAAACAAAUCCUGUGAUGGUUUUUAGUUUUAGUUUUAUGAACAUUAAAGAGGCUAGGAUGUCUCUCUCACGAAUCAAAAUUAAAGAGUGCCAAUCGUCUUUAACUCACUUUUUUUUUUUUUUUUUUUAAAUAGAAAAUACUGCCACUCCUGUGUUUGCAACAUGUCUUUACUAAAUAAAAAAUAAACCAAAUACAGCUGAGUUUUUUUUUUUUCUCUUCUCUUUCGGGGCGGGGACAGGGAAUGGGGGUGGGGUGUGUGUGACAGGUUUAAUGUUAAGGCAACAGUUUACAAAGUAAUUUUCGACCAGUUUUCUAAAAUGUUCAAACUUAUAUGAGAAAAAAUGGUGAAGUUUGCUCAUCUUUAGACCACCGUAUUAACUACUAUUGACAAAACUUUAGGAUCAGCAGUAGAUCAUCAAGAUCAGCAAUUUGUUUGUAUGUCUGAGGUGAAAACUUGCUAAAAUACAGGCAGUGUUUUUAUGUGUGUUCAACUCUGUCCAUUUAUACAGCUUUAAGAUUCAACAUUACAACAGUGCUCAAUAACAGAUUCUUAAGCCUUUUAUGCUUCAACUGUUUCUCAAAAAAAAAAAAAAAAAUACAAAAAAUUUGCAGUGAUUUUGUCCUUCCUUUCUGCCCUCACACUUUUGCUGGGAGGUUAUUCUACAAUCCUCAAUUUCUCAUCUCUUUUUUUCUUGAAGGAUGUAAACAGCGAGCUCAACUGUCCUCACCCAGCACUUCCUGUAGUGUGCUGCAGUUACAGUUGGGCAUGAAGCGGUUGGUGAGUGAUUUACAACAACAACACGAUGAGUUGAAUUUUCGCUUCAACUAAUUUUUGUUGUAGACUUAACAGUUUAGGGUGACCUCUUUUACCCGAACAUGUCCUCUUUUUGGGGGCUGCCAGGCCUGUCAAAGAGGAGUUUACAAAAUCCUUCAAAUGUUCAGGGUUUUGUAUGGAAGUUUUGAGUUUGUGUAGCGUGAACUUAUUGAGUUAGAUGCAUGUAAAAAACACUCGACCAGAUGUGAAAAACCCUCAAAAUUUUGCGCAUGACACCGCCCCUAAAGCAGUGGCCUCUGUUUGAGAAUUUAGAAUGAGGUCACCCUACUUAAGUGAUUGUGUCAGCUUAUCGUUGCAGUCUUAGUUUUCAGUCUGAUCAGUUGACUAUUCACCAAAAUGUCCGUGAGGAUCCUGACCAUCUCUGCCCUCCUGUUCUCUGUGUUUAUCUGGUCCUCUGUGCAGAAGUCACACCCACCAGGUAAGUACAAAAUUAUCCCCAUAACAUAUUACAAGGGAUUCAACUGAAUUAGAUGAUUACUGCAGUUUUCAUUGAGCUUGUUCACAAACUAUUGUCGUAAGAUUUUUAUCCCUAAACAUUGUCACCGUUUUAGCUAACAUCACCUCGGAGGUUUUGAAAUGACUAUUUCUCGUGGUAUCAUCUGCUAAAAUCUAAUGAAGAUGAAUAAAGAGGAGUUAUUUUCCUUUAUUUAAAAGAAUGAAAAAUAGGAACUGAAAUUUCAUCACUUUUUGUUGUCUUCACUGGUUUGGGAAAUCAUUAUACCUCUUCCAACUUUUUGGUUUUUUUUAUUCUUCUGUCACUGUUUUUCUUUUAUCUAUUAGCUGUUUUUGUCAUGUUUAACUCAUUUUAUUCCUUUUUUAAAUAUUUUGGCAGUCUAACUUUUUUAGUUUCCUUCCCGUUUCUGUCAUUUCACUCUUUUUAGCUCUCUCAUCAUUCAUUUCUAAUAUCUCUCUUUCUGUUAAAUCACCAGUUAUUUUUUAAAUUUUAGAUCUUCAGUCUUAGUUUCCUCACACUUAAAUUUUUUUUUUUCACUUUAUCUCAUAUGUGAAGCACUUUGUAACCCUAUUGUGAAAUAAUAAUUUCACAAUAGGGUUACAUAAUUAUAAUUAUAAGUAUAAUUAUCCUCGUCAUCAUUUUCUUCCGCCUCAUCCGGGUCAGGGUCGCGGGGCAGCAGCUUCAGGAGGGAAGCCCAGACGGCCCUCACCCCGGCCACUUCCACCAGCUCCUCCGGGGGGAUUCCCAGGCGCUCCCAGGCCAGGUGAGAGAUAUAAUCCCUCCACCUGGUCCUGGGCCAGCCACGAGGUCUCCUCCCGGUGGGACAUGUCUGGAACUCCACUAACGGGAGGCGUCCAGAAGGCAUCCUAACCAGAUGCCUGAGCUACCUCAGCUGACUCCUCUCAACGUGGAGGAGCAGCGGUUCUCUGAGCGCCUCCCGAGUGUUAUUAUAAUUAUUAUUAUGAUUUUUAUUAAUAUUAUUAUUAUUAUUAUUAUUAUUAUAUAGGGACAUAUAUCUGCCCUGGAUUUAAUCUCCCAUGAGAGGUUUAGGCUGAUCUGUCUUAUUCACAUGAGGACAACACUUAAAAUGAAUAAAAUAAAGUCCAGAACCUCAGUGACCAUUCCACCUGACAUGAACACCUUGUAGGAAGCAGUUCUUUAAAAAUAUGGCAGUAUGUUGGUCCUUCAGCAGCAAACAUUUGGAGAUAUUUAGAAGCUUACUGAUGUCACUGAAUCAUAUCUGAGUUUUACGCUCAAGGUUUGGAAAAAGUCAAUCAUGUUUUGAUCUCCUUUAGCAGCAGCUGCUGCGUUCCUUAAGAUGUUGUAACAUCACUGCCUCUGUGUGUUUGUCACUAUACAGAUGUUGGUCCAAGCUGCUGUUACGAAGGUGGCCCUUAUAUAAAACCAAGGAUCAUAAAGUGCAUCCAUCAGACACGCAUGAGGAAUUGCCGCACAAAAAACUAUGCGUAAGUACAGCAUGCUUUACCAAUGUUAAUCAAAGUCAAGUCAAAGUCAUUUGAUCUGCUAAAACACAAACUAACGAGUCAUAGCUAAUGACAGGAAUUAAAGACAUUGCUAAUAGCCAAUUUUAAAAUCAUGUUCAAUGUGGGAGGACAAUAACUUCUUUAGUAAAAUGUACAAAUUAUACACUGAAUCUGACCAUGAAGGUGUUUUUCUUGAGCAAACAGCCCUAAUCAAAGCAGAAUAACGACCCUUAAGGAGUCUAUAACCAGGUUUCACAUGUCCAACAAGUCUGUCCUUCAUUGAAACCUGAUCAAAGAUUUUGGGGGUUUUAUCCCUCACAGAAGUAAAUGUUUUGCUGACUAAAUACUAAGUAAAGCGAGUACACUCUUCAGCUGAAUCCCUAAUUGCUUCUGACUCCAAUCUGAUAACAGGUGAUCUAUGUGACACAGUUCAUAUGUGAUUAAAAACGCUUGACUGUUUGAAACCAUCAACAGAAGAAAACUGAUCUUCAGGAGUGAGCCUAUCAAGGAUCAAUGAACAAAGAUGUUUUAAAGUUUUAUCCUGUCUGUCUGCUUCCAGGGUUCAGGUUGAGGGUGGCGAAUGGAAAUGUAUUGACUCUGAGUCAAAGUGGAUGAAACAGCAAAUACAGAAGGUAAGAAUCAGUCUAUCAGCCUCUCUUUUAGCCACAUUAGUUACUCUGUCAUACCCUACCUGGGCAGUCAAUCAUGUCUGAAGCAGUCCAUCAACAUGGUUUGUCAUUUGUGUUACAACAGCAGACUGUAUAAAAGCAGACAAGCUCCAGCAAAGGGAAGCAAAAACAUCUAGCACUCCCUCUACUGGCUGGCUGCAGUUUAGGUCAAUCCCCUCAAACAUACUUAGUGUCAUUACAGGCAGCUCUUAUUCUGUUUAUAUGUCCAUGUAGGGUUUUACAAAACAGACUUUGAACUUGAAUAUUAUUCUAGUGAAAAGAAAAUUAUGUCAAUUCAGUUUUUUUUAAAUGCAACAAAAAUCAACUCCUGGGUAUUCAGGGCUGCUUUAUUUUGUCAUUUUGGAUUUCUUUUAACAUGUCUCUACAUUAAAUAUGAUAAAAAAAAUUACUGAAAGACAGAAUGAAUAAUGCUCGCAUUCCUCCUGACUCCACAGGGAAUUGUAACCUGCACUGAAGAAAGAAAAUACAACUGAUGUGGAGAAGCAAAAACAAUGAGGACUCCUCUUCUGAUGAAUUCCUCCUGGCUUUUGAUGCUUUAUCUGUUUUAUUUUUUUUGCAAUGCUGUCUUUCUACAGACUUUUCUGCAGCUUUUACCAUCAUGUUGAAUUCUCUUCAAAAUAAACAAAUUUGACUAAGUCCUGUUAA